AUGCACCAUUUGGCCGAGAUACAGAUAAAUAUCAAAGUACACUACAAGGCGAUCUUCCGAUCCGUUCAACCUGUUCAAUAUGCAGGAGGAUUUGUAUUUGCGUUUUAUGAAAAAUUGCGACCAGAUAAAGAUGGUUCAAGUUGUGAGAUCUCAUUGCUUCGACCAUCCAUUUGUCAAGCUGCAAAGGAAAGAUAUGAUAUGCUCGACGAGUUGCUGUGGAAAGCGUGCCGCGAACGGAUCAAAAUCGAGCCACGAAUCGGUUGCGAUGAUGGGGAGAACGUGAGCGAAUCGACGUCCCUGAUCGAGGAUGUUGAUGUGAUGCUACGAGAAUGCCUGUUGGAACGCGCGUACAAAAGCCAAAGCGAGAAACCGAAAGAA